UUCGCCCACUUCCUCUGCUUUUAUAUUUUCCUAUGCUCCGCUCCGGUGGCCUCUCCAGCCUUCCUUUCCCUGCUUUCCCCUCUCCAUUUACACAUCAGAUGCAAAGAUCGAAGAGUAGCCCUCAAAGAUGUUGAGCAGCGCCGCCGGAGCUCUGCCGCUGGCUUCCUUGAACCACAUCUCCAUCGUCUGCAGGUCCGUGGAGGCCUCCCUCGAUUUCUAUCAGAAUGUGCUGGGCUUCGUCCCCAUCCGCCGUCCCGGCUCUUUCGACUUCGACGGCGCCUGGCUGUUCAACUACGGGAUCGGAGUCCACUUGCUGCAGUCUGAAGACCCCGAGAAGAUGCCUCGGAAGAGGGAGAUUAACCCCAAGGACAACCACAUCUCCUUCCAGUGUGAGAGCUUGGCGUCGGUGGAGAAGAAGCUGGCGGAGUUGGGAAUAGCCUACGUGCAGAGGUGCGUGGAGGAAGCCGGGAUCAACGUAGACCAGCUGUUCUUCCACGACCCCGACGGGUUCAUGAUCGAGAUCUGCAACUGCGACAACCUACCGGUCAUCUCCCUCUCCGGCGAGCCCGUCAUGGCCUGCAAGAGAGUGGCGAGCCUCGUCGCCCAGAAGCAGCAGCACCAGCAGACCACCGCGUAGUGCCAUAAUUAAUCAGAAGCAACAGCAGCAGCAUGCUACUGUGCUUCGAUUUCCUUGUCUGAUCAUCCUGUUUUAAAAUCAAGAAAAUAACACAAAACAAAAAGUGAUAAUGAUGGAUAUCCGUCGCUAUUAUCUCCCAUGAUUUACGUUUCUUCAGCGUAAGCAUGUGAAGGCGGCGCAAACAGUUUGUCUUCUCUCGCCGUGCCUGACAAUAAUUAUUCAGCAUUUUACUGAACUGCGCAUAAUUAUUGAGCAUUUUACUAAAUGACAUAUAUAUAGAUUUGUA